CAGGUCCAGAGGGCAAAUCAUCCGACCCUCGUUCCCACCUAUUACCAGGUUCGCCAAUGUUUUGCCAAUUGAGUUGCUAAAAUAUGGUCAGCGUAUUUAAUCCGGCCCGGCGGCUGUGGCCGCCUGUUUGUCGAGUUCCUCUUUUCGAUCUCAUUUCUCUUUUCUGAGUUCACUCCAACUUAUAAUAGGUGCUACCCCUUUUCCGACACGCCCUACUUGACGAAGUGCGAACUCAAAAAGAUACAUUCUAUUCGCUUGCGAAGUUAAUAUCUUGGCAGAAUACGCAGCCUCGCCUUUAUUCCACACGUUUCUCCGACCGAAGCACGUACACGAUGGCGAGCCCCGUGGCGUCGGCGGCCCUCAAGGCCAGGAUCCGGAGCCCACCGAUGCUAAAGAAGCUCUGCCGUCCCCAGGACAUGCUACAUCACUUUCCCAACGGAGCUUACAUUGGCUGGUCCGGCUUCACUGGUGUUGGAUACCCAAAAAAGACCCCGUCAUUCCUAGCCGAUCAUGUCGAAAAGAAUAACCUGCAGGGCAAGAUGAAAUAUUCCCUAUUUGUCGGUGCCUCUUCCGGAACCGAGACCGAGGACAGGUGGGCGAGCCUGGACAUGAUCAAUAGGCGAAGCCCUCACCAGGUCGGCAAGAACAUCGCCAAGGGAAUCAACACUGGCAAAAUCAACUUUUUCGACAAGCACCUAUCAAUGUUCCCCUCGGACUUGGUAUACGGCUUUUACACCAAGGACAGGCCACACAACAGCCUUGAUGUUACGGUGGUAGAGGCAACAGACAUUCUCGAGGACGGCAGCAUUGUUCCCGGUGCCUCCGUUGGUGCGACUCCGGAGCUUGUACAGAUGGCUGAUAAGAUCAUCAUCGAAGUCAACACAUCUUUGCCUAGCAUGGAGGGCCUUCACGAUAUUACCAUGACAGACCUUCCCCCGCACCGCAAGCCAUACUUAAUCCAGGGCGUGGAGGACCGUAUUGGCACUACCUCGAUUCCUAUUGACCAGUCAAAGGUUAUUGGUGUUAUUGAGUCUGACUACCAGGAUAAGACUGCGCCUAACACGCCGGCCGACGAGGGGUCCGCCAUGAUUGCCAACCACUUGAUCGAGUACUUUGAGCACGAGGUCAAGCAUGGCCGCAUGCCUAAGAACCUGCUGCCGCUCCAGUCGGGCAUCGGCAACAUCGCCAACGCCGUCAUUGGAGGUCUUGCCAACUCCAAAUUCGAAAACCUGAAAGUUUGGACCGAGGUUAUCCAGGACACAUUUUUGGACCUUUUUGACUCUGGUAGCUUGGCCUACGCAACGGCUACAUCUGUGCGCUUUUCACCCGAGGGAUUUGAGCGCUUUUACAAGAACUUCGACAGAUACAAGGAGAGGAUUCUGUUGCGAUCGCAGUCCGUAUCGAACGCCCCCGAAAUCAUCCGCCGCCUGGGUGUCAUCGGCAUAAACACCCCGGUCGAGGUUGACAUCUACGCACACGCAAACAGCACCUGCGUCAUGGGCUCACGCAUGCUGAACGGCCUCGGCGGCUCUGCCGACUUCCUCCGAUCCUCAAAGUACAGCAUCAUGCACACGCCGUCGACGCGACCGAGCAAGACUCACCCUCACGGUGUCAGCUGCAUCGUUCCCAUGUGCACGCACAUUGACCAGACGGAGCACGAUCUCGACGUCGUCGUGACGGAGAACGGGUUGGCAGACGUCAGGGGCCUAUCUCCACGCGAGAGGGCGCGGGUUAUCAUUAGGCAGUGCGCACACCCAGUCUACCGCCCGAUCUUGGAGGCUUACUUUGAAAAGGCCGAGUUUGAGUGCCUGCGCAAGGGUAUGGGCCAUGAGCCGCAUCUCCUUUUCAACACUUUUGACAUGCACAAGGCGCUAUUGGAGGAGGGAAGCAUGCAGAAGGUUAAGAGUUGGUAGAGGAAUCUUGAGGUUUUCGGUGAAGGAUUGACCGGGGGGUUUUUGCACCCUAUCCAAGCGCAGCGAUGCGUGGUGCAGCGAGGAUUGUUUUGGACAGGGGAGUGGCGGAUUUUCCGGUGAGCUAAAGCCUAAAGCGUUCAUAUUUUCAAACUAUGUACCUAUGUAUGUCACCUCCAGUAUGCAGAAAUGUAAGAGGUAUGCACCAUA